CCUCUCCCUGCCUUCCUAACACACACAUACACGCAUACACUCAAUCACGAAUGCACAGGGAUUGCAGCAACAGCAGCAGCACAGCGAGAUGGAGAUCUCCGCUGCGCGCGUGAGUGCCUAUUCCCGCUGUCACUGCACCGGCUGCCUCUCUCUCGGUCCUCCCGCAGCCAGUGAGAGCUGCUCCAGUGGCUGGACCGUACCCUGGCACCCACUGAAUACAUGGAUGAACACUGGCUCUACAGGGGAUCUGCGCUUUCUUGUCCUUUGCACCUCUGAUCUGUCUCUCAAGAAAAUAUGGUGAGCAAAGAAGACACCAAAUGCACUUUCUCAAAUUCAGAUGAAUCAGAUUCAGAGACAGGCCCAUCACACAGCCUUGAUGCACAGUCUGGACCAGAAUCCGGCAAGCAGCAGGUAAAGAAGAGAAACAAGGCCUUACAAGUGCGUUUUAAGGAUAUCUGUGACGCUCAGAAUGAGUUUCGAGGAAAACACUCCAGAUCCAUUUCCUGCAAAGUGACACAGAGAAAGUACAUGACCAUGCCUGCCAGACGCUCUAUUCCAAACGUGACCAAGAGCACUGGUGUCCAGACCUCGCCUGACCUCACGAAGCGAUACAAGACUUUCCCUUUUGAGAGGAAAAAAGGACAUACAUUUAAACAUACUGCUAUGGUGGAAGAUUAUAAAGGACAAAACAAUGGUUUUUUGAGUGAUAUAAAGACAGGAGGAGAGGAUGGACAACCUAUCGGGGAGUCCGCCAAGUACAUGGGUAAGAUUGUGGGCCAGACAAAGGCAUUGCUUCACCACACUGAUGACAGCAGUGAUACAGAGGAUUUGCUUUCCAGUGCCAACUGUGUGGAUGGACCUUCUUGUCCAGACUCUUCACAUUUCUCGGAAGUGUGCCAUCCGGGCAGCCCUGCUUCCAAAAAGGAGACAGAGUACCAGGGUUGUGGUACAAGGACCAAACACAAAGGAUUACCCAAAGAAGACAUGGGAGCUGGCACUUCUUCAAAGCGCCAGCUGGCUAACACAGAGUUUUCACAGAGCAAGUCAAAGGGUAUGGGCCCUGUUACGUGGAACUCUUUGACACAGGUGGAGUCUUUAGGAAGCCCGUCUGUGAGCUGUAAACGGAAAAAGGGUACACAGCUGAACGAACAGCAGUCACAGACACUUCCCCAUAGUGCCAAAUGCUCUGUGCAGUCACAAGGGCAGUGUCGGAUAAGGCAUGCGUCAGCCUCCUCUAAACUCCAGCAAACAGUUGGUGGGGAUGAGGGCUUUCCUCCAAGAGACACAGGAGCCCCAGGCAUGAGGAGCAGCCAGCAGAUAAUGCCCUUAUCUGGAGACAAGGAUAUCAAAGCACAGCUGCAGGCCAUGGAAAACCUCAUCAGCUCGAGCCAGGAGACCAUCAAAGUCCUACUCGGAGUUAUUCAGGAGCUAGAGAAAGGUGAAGCCCAGAGAGAGGGGCUCACCUACCGAACAGGACAAGACACAGCAAAUUGUGACACUUGUCGAAACAGCGCAUGCAUCAUUUACAGUGUCGAGCUGGACUUCAAACUGCAGGAGGACAAGCUACAUCUCCUGAUGAAGAGGCUUUGUCCCCUGGACAGCCAACAAUGUCCCGCUCUCCCUUACUCCAAUGAGGUAUUCACAUCCACCCCGAAACGCAAAUCCAAGACAGAGUCCAAAAAGCAUGCUCGUUGGAAACUCUGGUUCCUUUGACUGAAACAUGAAGGCUUCACAAACAGCCUUUUUCCUGGGCAAAUGAAUACCCCCAUUAUUCUCGAAAUGGACGAGAGAAUUUUCAGAGGGAGCAAUCAUCACAUGAGGAUGGAUAACAGCAGAAACCAGUUCAUUUGGGGGUGCUGAGUUGAGACUACACAUUGAGUCAGCUGGGGGACAGCUGAGACAAAAAACAUUUUAGAUUCUGUCAAACCUUUUUCUGGCAUGUUCGCUGAAGAGGAUGGACACACACCUACAAAAACUAGGUGAGCUUUGGGAUACAUAUAUGUCUCUUAGCUGCGUAAAGAUGAAUGUGUUUGUAUCUACUAGUUAAAUGCAACUCAGAGUUUAUAUGUAUGACUUUUUAUUGCCUUCUCCAAUGCAAUGCACUUUUGGUCUUCUUCCCCUUAGAGCAUAUUGCUUGGCAACAAGAAGAGGCGCCAUGUGGAGGGCCUUUUACGAGUGAAGCUAUUAUCUUUGAAUGGACAUCAGCCCCACCUCCGGCAAAGCACAAACAUUUGACUAUUGACAGGAACAUGCGUGAAAGACUGAAACACCGUACAAUACAUGGCAGUGUGUCAGCGCUAUUCUUAUGACCCGUCUAUUCUCUCUUCUUCCUCAUUAUCUGUUAGCAUCCUGCUCAGUUUGUCCGUCCGACUGAACGUCUGCCUGCCUUGGUUUAUAACUCCUGUGUCCUCCCUCCCUUUAUCUCUCUCUGUCUUUCUUUCUAACUCUCCAUUUAGCUCACUGUGCAACCAACCAACUAGCCAGCCAACUUUGCCUCAGUCAUCCUGUCCUUUCUGUUGGCUACACUGUCACGUAAUAUUCAGAAUUUAUAUUUCAGAAUAUCUGAAUCUUUUAAGCAAAGUACUGUGAAAUGAAAUUUAUAAAAAUAUAUAUGUUUGGGGCCCCUUCUGUUGAAGCAGGUACAAUUGUUGAAAGUGCAGAAGUGUUCUAGGUUAGGUCGAAUUCUUUUUAACAACACACUGUAUAUGUAUAUACUUCUAAGGCAGAAUAUUUUCUAUGAUAACUUAUAAAGGGUUUUAUUUAGUUUUGAAUUUCAAACAAAAAGUAAAGGCUAUUUUGACAUUUCUCUUUUGAGUUCUUUAAGAGUUUGCCUUGCCUCAGAGUCACAGAUUGUGUCACAGCAAAGCUCUGAUGUGAAGUCUUGAACCUAAUCUACUUCUAAGUCAUUUAUUUCAUGCUAGGUUAGCUAACAUUUGAAGUGUCGUUUUUUUAAUAUUGAUUUAUCUUGCCAUUCAACUGCGAGUUCCAUCUUGUAAAAACAUUUUUUUUAUUUUGCAGAAUUACAGAACACCAAACAUCUGCUUAUCCACCCACAUAAACAAUAGAAGGGCUAUAUACAGUGCUGAUGGAGUACGGUAGCAAUCUUACAGCAGAGACUUGUAGAGAAGUGUAGCCAGCUUUGGUUAAGUUAAAAAAAAAACACACCGAUGAUGUAGCAAUGAUACUGAACUUGCACGCUGUUACAAAGCAGGUAUUUACUUUAAGUAAUUUUAUAACAGCAGCUCGUAUGUAGAUUAUGGUACUGUAUGUCUGAGAAAUGUCAGGAAGACUCAUACUGGCCUCCCAUCAUUAGACUAGGCAGUAGAUAACAUUAUUCAGGUCACCAAUUUCCAUGCAAAGAUCUGUACCUUGAGAAAGUGCAAUUUAGUGAUUAUGUGCAAUAUUAUGCAUUUUUCUACUGUUUCUACAUCACAAAUAAAACAUUUUCAACUAAAAAGGGAUCUGAUGCACUCCUAUGUCUGUUGAAAGCUAGAGGCAUUAGAGUUGCGAAGUGCGACGAAGAAAAAGUUCCAUUCAUCUUUCCCAUAGUCAAUGAUACGUGACUCACAGUUGGAGUCCUCCUACAGCUUCGAUUGGCAUGAAAACUUUCCCAGUUGACUCAUCAGUACAAAAGAUUAACAGGCAUGUUGGAAAAUAUCUGUUUCUUAGAUAAGUUAAAGCUACAAGCUUGUGUAAACAUUUUGUGGGAGAAGUUAACGAAGACUCCCAAGCUUCAUUUCGGUAAGAAACCUCCAAUGAUCUCAACUUAAAAAACAUUUCACGUGCGCUAUUUAGAAAACAGAGAAUUUCUAUGUUAAGUAACACUGACGAUAUCAUUGAAAGUUCAAAUGGAAAUGGGAAUACAGAAUAAAGAAAAAGGGUUCCAGAGGCAGCGUCCCCUUCAACUUGUCUACUCUCCAGCAUGCUACAGUACUAGGUGUAGUUACAGGCGGAGCUGCAUUCACCCGGUGUCAGACGGUCCUCCUUUUACAUCUUUUGUGCUUUAGUGAAGCAAGGAUUG